AUGGCGAGCACGGCAUCCACCAACCCGGAUCCAAAGGAGGCCAAGUCCAUCUUUGAGUUUGCGGCGGAGGAUAUCAAUGGCAAGCCUUUUUCAUUUCAAACGCUCGAGGGCAAGGUGGUGAUGAUUGUAAACACAGCCGGUCAAUGUGGGUUGGCCCAACGAAAUUUUACGGAAAUGGUGGAGCUGCACGACAAGUACAAGGACCAGGGCUUUGAAAUUGUUGCCUUUCCCUCCAACUCCUUUAAUCAGAUUGCUGUCAACGGCUCGGACACGCAUCCCCUUUACACGUAUCUCAAGGGUGCUUCGCCGGGCUGGUUGACCAAUAGCCUGAAAUGGAAUUUCACAAAGUUUUUGUGUGAUCGCACUGGCGUGCCGCGCAAACGAUUCGGGCCACAGGAGGCCCCCUCCACCAUGGCGACAGACAUUGAGUAG